AAACGGCGGAUGAAGGGUUACAGCAGCGCGGAUGUGAGGUACACUCUCCAGGGUCGGAUUGAUCGUCGUACUGCGUGACGACCAAAAUAGCCAACUAGCGGGCAAGCUACACACUGUAGUUAAUAUCCGCAUUAGCUAAUAGUGAUAACAAUUUUUAAAAUAACAGAACUCCGCUACAGCGACCGAGGAAACGGUUGAUCCCCAUAAUCAUGACAGAGCUUCGGCACCGCGGCGCAGCAGAGAACGACUUGCAACAACAGUCAGCAGAUGACAAGGGCUCGGAGGGGGAGACGCGGGCCGAUGGCGACGCCGCUUCGGACAACGAGGCCAAGCCGGAGGUUCCCGCCCCGGCCGACGACACCCCGGUGGUCCUGAACAAAGCCCUGUCCGGGCUGUCGUCACGAUGGAGGAACUGGUGGGUGCGAGGAAUCCUCACUCUGGCUAUGAUCUCCUUCUUCUUCAUCAUUAUCUACCUGGGCCCCAUGGUGCUCAUGAUGAUCGUGCUGUGUGUGCAGAUCAAAUGCUUCCAGGAGAUCAUCACCAUCGGCUACAGCGUCUACCACUCCUACCACCUGCCCUGGUUCAGAACGCUGAGCUGGUACUUCCUGCUGUGUGUGAACUACUUCUUCUACGGCGAGACGGUCACCGAUUACUUCUUCACUCUGGUGCAGAGGGAGGAGCCGCUGCGCAUUCUCAGCAAAUACCAUCGCUUCAUCUCCUUCGCCCUGUACCUCACAGGGUUCUGCAUGUUCGUGCUGAGCCUGGUGAAGAAGCACUACCGCCUGCAGUUCUACAUGUUCGGCUGGACCCAUGUUACUCUCCUGAUAGUGGUGACUCAGUCCCACCUCAUCAUCCACAACCUCUUUGAAGGAAUGAUCUGGUUCAUCGUGCCCAUCUCCUGCGUCAUCUGCAACGACAUCAUGGCCUACAUGUUUGGCUUCUUCUUCGGCCGCACCCCCCUCAUCAAGCUGUCCCCUAAGAAGACCUGGGAAGGAUUUAUUGGAGGGUUUUUCGCCACCAUUGUGUUUGGAAUCCUGCUGUCCUACGUGAUGAGCGGGUACCGGUACUUUGUCUGUCCGGUCGAGUUCAACAACGACUCCAACAGGUUCACUGUGGACUGCGAGCCGUCCGAGCUCUUUCAGCUUCAGGAGUACGUCCUGCCCUCUGUGCUGGAGUCCCUCACCGGCUGGACGACGGUGCGGAUGUACCCGUUCCAGAUCCACAGCAUCGCGCUGUCCAGCUUCGCCUCCAUCAUGGGGCCCUUCGGGGGCUUCUUCGCCAGCGGCUUCAAGAGGGCCUUCAAGAUCAAGGACUUUGCGGACACCAUCCCCGGGCACGGCGGGAUUAUGGACCGCUUCGACUGCCAGUAUCUCAUGGCCACCUUUGUCAACGUCUACAUCGCCAGCUUUAUCAGGGGACCGAACCCCAGCAAAGUGAUCCAGCAGCUGCUAGCCCUGCGAUUGGACCAGCAGCUCCACAUCUUUAACUCCCUAAAGGCACACCUCACGGAGAAAGGGCUGCUCUCGGCCAUUGAGGAGGCGGCAUAGGCGGGCCUAAGGAUGAGGAGGACGAAUAGCAGCAGGAGUAGGAGGAGGAGGAGGAUGAAGGGGAGGGAGAAGGUCAGCCUUGUAGCAGCAGGCAGUCUGAUGCUUUUUGAGGAAGUGGGAUUAUUGAAUGGUGCUUAUCUGAGCAAGAACGCAACCGAACAGACUACAGCUAAACCUUGGAUCAUUCCGUUCCGUGUGUGUGUGUGUGUGUGUGUGCGUGCGUGUAUGCGUGCGUGUGUGUGUGUGUGUGCUUUGCGUGUGUGCAUGCGUGUAUGCAUGUGUGUACGUGUGUGUGUGUGUACCACUGUUUCUGUGUAUCUCUUUGCGGUUACGUUUGUGUGUUACAGUUCUGCGUCAUUUAGUUUUAGUUGUGUUAGCUAGUCUAUUUACAGAUGCAGUGAUGACACGUUCAGUCUCGAGUGAUCAUGAGGUCAGCUGCACAUUUCCUCUUACAUACAGUAGACUGCAUUAUAUAUAAAAAAUGUGUGUGAAUAUUUUAUGGUACAUAUUUUAUUUGACCUUAUUUUAAUGCACUGUGUUAACCACACAUUCACAAGGUAACUCCUCUAUAAAUUCACAGUCAGAGUGGCUUUCGUCAGUCAGCAUUUAUUGCAUCAUAUGUUCGUAUAUUGGUGGAGUUUGCUGCAGAAUAAUAUUGCAUCAUGCUAAAUGUCAGCUGAACAUUUAUUUAAACCUACAGAUGUCUAUUUAUCUAUAUUCUGUCUUAUCUGUGAAAGCCAAUCACUUUGCCAUGCAAAUAUAUAUAUAUAUAUAUAUAUAUAUAUAUAUAUAUAUAUAUAUAUAUAUUUAUGGGUCAUAUAAUAGUGUAAUGUAUUUCAUGUGACUGAUGCCACAGUUCUGUGCCACAGACUGAGUUCAUUUUGUGCCAGCCAGUUCAGAGCGAUUGUAGCCCGGGGUUAGCACUGCUGUUAGCCUGGCAGUGUAAUGUCAGAGACAAGUAGAGGCUUGCAUGUAGUGUUUGUCUUAAGACAGUCAUUUGGCUCCAGACAGGUUAAAUUGAUGUUAACCAGUGGGGAAUUCCCCCCCCUGAGGCAUUUCUGGGAUUAUGAAUGUUUGUUUGUGUAAACUGGGAUUAUGAAUGUUUGUUUAUUACAUUUCAGCUGUCCUGGAAAACCCUUGAAUAUAUUUUUUUCCGGGAUGGUAAUGGUGGAAAAAUAACAGAGUGCUAUACAAACGUGUCCAGCUUUCACAGAGAGCAAUACACACAUCUGCUGUUAGUUUAUAAGCUUGUAAGUUCAUCGUCGGGUCUCGCUCUGUCAGUGAGAGCGUUUGACAGUCCUUUUAAACCCUAAAGCUGAUCCGGGAAGUAAGUCAUUGGUGGCAGAUAUUUGUUGCCAGGAGCAUGAAAAUAUGUCUGCAACAGUUCUCUUUCUUAACCCUUUGAAGACUAGUUUUUAAAAAAAAAAAAUUUUUUCCCAAAAGUCACUUGCUUUCAAUUACCAGUAGUGUUUGUUACAUCAGCAAUAGAAUGUCCAGUUAAGAACGUUCUAAUCAUAUAUCUGUGAUGUCACACCUUAAACGUUAAAAAUUCUCUACAGUUUAUUGCAGUAUUACGGAUGAUGCUUGAAAUGGGAAUGCGAUUUGAGCUUUAACCCUGAGGCAUACAACUUUGGGGUGUGGAUGAACUGUAGCCACUACUGUGCUCCUAGAGAUGUCAGUUUCAGUGAUUUCCAGCAUAUUGGCUUCUCUGUUAUUCUAAGGAUGUGAGAAGCGUGCUAAAGUGCUCCUGUCUACUAAUGAGCAUGUCUGACUGGCUGGUGCAGAAAGUCUGUGGUCUCAUCCGUUGAUAUUAAAACACUGCCAAUAUUUUGUAAAACUAGCCGUGACUGGGGGAAAAGAAGUAUUAUUUGUUUUAAUGAUUAAUCACGUAUAUUUAACUUGUGUUCAGGUCAGGCGGACUGAUGCAUGUUCAGUUUUGCUGUUGAGGUUUGUCCUCAGGAGGAAAGUUGCUUGAAAAGUUUGUUUACACGCGUCGAUGACAGCUUGGAAGGCUACGUCCGCAAUCGUCAGCGUAAUCGCUGUGUUUUCCCUGUGCUGGUGAAACUUGGAGUUUUCUUUCACUGCCUUGUAGUCAGGCUCGUCUCUUUGCCUACACAUCCCAGUAUCCCCAGUAUAGUCAGGUUGGUCUCUGUGCCUACACUUCCCAGAAUCCCCAGUAGUCAGGCUGGUCUCUACCUACACUUCCCAGAAUCCCGAGGGGUCAGGCUGGUCUCUGUACUGAUGCUUCCCAGAGACCCCUGGGCUAUGGGGAUGAAGAUGCUAGGCCCUUUUAUACACUGGUUUAUGAUAAGGGGGAAAUUGGCUUCAUAGUGCUUGAGAUCUAAUGCAGUUCACUGCAUGAUUGUUCCCCUCUCCUUGAAUGGCCACAGACCACAGACUCCACAGACUGUUUCAGAGUCUGUGUGAUGUCACAUCAUAGCUCGUCCCAGGUCUAUAUGACAUCACAGUAUAGCUUCUUCUCAGGUCAGUGUGACAUCAUAGUAUAGCUCCUCCCAGGUCUGUGAGAUGUCACAGCAUAGCUCCUCCCAGGAGUCCCCCUCAAUAAAGUCUUCAACUUUUUUUUUUGGUCAGGAGUCAGGACAGUCAAUAUUUUUGAGUCUACAGUUCACAUGCCUAUCUGCUUGAUAGUACAAUCAAACCUUUCAGAUACAAGUAAUGAGAAAUAUCUAUAAUCACACUUGCAGUGAAUGAAUGAAUUAGUUUUAAAUUAAAAAUAAAAUUUUAGAUUGUUUUCAGAGGUUUUCUUUUGUUUGUUUUUUUUAUUGUUGUGGGAUCAAAAUGGUCACCUUAAAUUGUCGGUUUGCGUCCAGCACUAAAGUAUAAAGCACUGUUUAAAUUUGCUCAAUGUUUGUUUCUUGUCAGUAGUGCUCAAGAAUUGUUUCAGCUCCUACUGUAAAUUGGACCUUGACUUGGACUCAAAAGGCCUCUCUUCUCAGUAAAGAAUUGAGAACCUAUGGCACACAAAAGAGAUACUGAAAAUGACUGGCAAAUAACUGUCCAAUCAGCUGUUUACUGCCAAAGCAGGUUAUUCUGAUAUGCUGCAACCAGGAGUGAUGGGCAGGGCUUGAUUUAAGUCCAACCCUGGUUUCAUCGCAACAAGUGCACAGUACUGCUUGGACCACACUACACUAGUAGUGGAAUAUUAUUCUGAUCUGAUGUACUUCUAUGUUUUAUUGAUUGGCAAAAUUGAUUGUGAAUCUCUUUCCCGCUAGAUUAUACUUGUGCACAAACCUGUUUUAAGACAAAUUCCAAAACUGAUACGGAUUUUUGUACUGCUUUGCCCCAUUUUGAGAUUCCAUACAGAGUGGCUCUGCUUCUGCUGUACUAACAAUCGACUGCAGGUUGAUUGUGCAUUAAAGGUGAUGCCUUCAUACCUUGAACACUGAAAUUCUUAUUUCAUCUUCUGCCACAUUUUAACCUUCCCAACGCCAUUAAAUCUAGAACAGAGGUCCGUAAGAUUGUCCUGAAAACUGCCAAUUACAAAUGAAAUCUGAGGUUACAACUGUACCAAAGUCUCGUAGAAAUGUCUACUCAAGAUGGCCGAUUCGGCUCCUCACAGGGCGAGGCUCAAGCAACCUUUGUGCAGAUAUGUAUUUUUUUUUUUUUUGUUUUGUUUUUUAGUUUCUUGGGGUGCUGUCUACAUUCGUAAAAUGCUUUUAAACAUUUCUCUUCCUGCCUGAUUGUUACUUGCAGAUGCUACUGUAUAUGUGCCUCUAGGAGUAGAGUCAUGGGGGGCGGGGGGGGGGGGGAGCCACGAGCACUGGCACGAGCUGGGACGCACCCCCCGGGUGGAAUUUGUUAAUGGGCGCACCCCUCCCCUCCCCCUCCCCCUCCCCCUCACCCUUUCCUGAUCUGUUUUCAAUGCCGUUGUGAACCGAUUCGGAUGGUCCCUGUGCAGAACAGGGCCCAUUGCACGCUGGUCUUUUAAUUCCAGAACAGCGUCCCCUUCAAUGUCCUUACGUCCACUGCGGCACGCGCCCUGUCUAUUCACUUUUGUGAGUGUCCCAUUUGUCCAUCCGUCAGUUGUGUAAACCUCUUCUUUUUUUUUUUUUUACAUUCGUUCUAUAUAUAUAAGUUGAUUUGUACAGUAUAUAUUUUAAAUGUACCUUUAUUUCUGUUAUUUUGGUUCUAUGAAGUCAUAUUAAGAUCCAGCUACUUAGGUGCACAUUUCAUUAAUACCGCUUUUUGAAUAAUAUCAUAAUUAUAAUUCCAUGUUUUUUUUUAAGGAAAAAUGUAGAAGCCAUAUGGUAUUUAAGGUAUGUUAUGGUGAGUAGAUCAAUAAAAAUAACAGCCAUUUUAUGAUAUUGCUGUGGUGUUUGGUGGAUUGUUUUUGGCCCAGGAUUUUCUCUUCUGUGCUUUGUGUCUUCGGGAGCGUUGAAGUGCUUUUUCUGACCAUAAAAAGCCCCACCGAUCUAGAAUUGCGUUAUUGUGAUGUGUGAAAAAACAACUAGGUAGCUGCAAGAUGGAUACUUUGACAUAAGCUGUCACCUGGCAACAUGGAAGAUGACCUAUGUGGCGAGAUUAGGAUGGGUAGAGAACUUCUUUAACAAUCGGCUGCAACUCUGACAGUUGAUCACCAGAGGGAGUAAAGAGUCAGAUAAUUUCAGUUGUGAUGAAAAUCCUUUUGGCUAGUCCACUUCAAAGUGAGCUUUUCUGAGUACAUGGAUUAUUCUUAAGGCUUCUUGUUCUCUUCAAAGCUUGGUAUUGAACUCUAGUUUUGAUUAUCAGCUGAUGCAGUAACAGGUGUGUUUUAUGUGAAUUGCGUUUUGCCACAAUAAUGACUACAUAUUGUCGUUUAGAAAAGUGAUAAGAGUAAUCGGACCAGCUUGAGGUGAAUAAUGGAAACGUGUUGCUUAGAAACCCACGCGUUUAAUGAUCUUUCAGCUGCUUAGUUAAUGGUGAAAGGCAAAAAUAAUAAAUAGGCAAUACCGUGGCAGUAGACACUGUAAUGUACAGCCUAAUGUGUAAAUUCAUGCGUUAUGUAAUUUUAUUAAUAUUGCCAUACAUAAUGCUCUGACCAUGGUCUGGUCUUCGUGAGGUGCAAAGUUGAAACUCAUGUUUAUUCAUGAAGGCGGUUGCACACCCCUACUUUAAACUGAGAAUGGCCACACCUGUGCCAUUGGUCAGAGUACUGCUUGUUCAACUUCCCUUCAAAAUAGAGCCACUUCCUGGGAGAUAUAGGUCUGGAUGGGGUGCUGUUUAUUUUCAUGAUUAAAGGUGAAUAUGUGGCACCAAAAGUUUCUGUCAGACGUUUGAACUGCUUGCAUUCCUGUCACUGACAUGGUGUUGCACUAAAUGAAAGGGUUACUCUGUGGAAUCCUUGGAAUCUUCAGAACACAACUGUUACCUGUUUGCCUCUGAGAGCUCAUGUCAAUGUUUCUACUUCAUCAUCAUCAGCGUCAUUACUAUGAUUAUAAUUACUAUUAUAGAUAUACUGUAUUGCUUUGUGUUUUAUUGUAUUUCUUUUGGGAAAGUUUUGAAGUUGUACAUUUCAGAAAACAUUGGUAAAAAUUUGCUUUCCCCCGUGGUAAGCACUGUGUUUAAAUUGUGUUAUGGUAUUAAAAAAGGAAAGUGGAAUAACUGA